UAGAGACGCAGUCGAGCUGCCGAACGGUUAAUUGAUGUUCACAAAGAUGGGGGAUGGGCGUCGGAUCUCACGGCACAUACGAACCUUGCAUUAAAAUAAGCUCACAAAAAAACAGUUUUGCUCUGAAGACUGCCUCAUUUCGUUUUGAAUUUUUCGUUGCAUCAUUUUCUAAAACGAAGAUGAACUGCCACUUUUAACAACUCAGCAACGUAUAAAGAUGCACAAUUUCAUUUGUGUGGAUGUUUAUUAUCGGUUUCAAACAGUUUAAUAUUCCAAACAAUAUUGACGCGAACUGCUGUAUUGAAUGUUCCACAAACUGAUGCUAAAAGGCUUUUAUUGUCUACGACCGGAAGCAGUCGUCAUUAGCCUGUUAGCCCGUCAUUUCAACCAAGACAGCCAUGGACGACUACGACACAGAGGAGGAGGAGACCGUUUUCGUCGUUGAGAAGGUCAGCCAAAUUAUUAAAGAGUCAGUGGGAGCAACGAUCGGCGAGAACGUUUAUCAUCACAGCAGAGUCAACCUGUGGAGCACCAGCGUUGUGCAGCAGUGUCUCAGUCAACUCAGCAAACUGGGAAAGCCUUUCAAAUACAUUGUGACAUGUGUGAUCAUGCAGAAGACAGGCGCAGGUCUGCAAACAGCCAGCUCGUGCUUCUGGGACAACACCACAGAUGGAAGCUGUGCUGUCAGAUGGGAGAACAAAUCCAUGUACUGCAUCGUCACUGUAUUUGGGUUGGCAAUUUGAGCCAACAGUCCAGUAAUAAAGCACAUGAUGGUGAC